GAAUCGAGGCUAAAAUCGCAAGACUCAGGCUCAGCAAACCGAUGGUUUGGAUUUUACGGAGUCAGGGGAGCAAUCGUAUUUUCACAGGAGAACGGAGCAAUAAUGAUCAACCGUGCAACGAGUCGGCAUUGUACUAGCCUAUCCGAGGCAAUCGGAAGGCUAUAGGAUCGCCAACUUUUCAUAGCUCAUGCUUAUAAUCAAUACAAUCGUGACAGCUUUGAAACUUACGACAGGGUAGUAUCUCCGUGGAUCGCUGGGGCUGUUAUCGAAACAGAUAAAUAACAUGAUCCUGCUGAUAUUGGCCUAACACACUCCUUUCUACCCCAACUUGACGGUCUUGGUGCCGUUCAUAACCUACCAAAAUCUUAAAGCUAUUCGUGACCACUAUUAAGAUGGUGGACUGGAAAUCGGAGGACGAGAUCCAGAUGGAUUCCAUGAUCUUCCUGAAGUUUAUGCAUGCCCUCCUCGGUCUAUAUAUAUGGGAAUUGUUCGUCUCCCUGGACUUCGACUGGGCAGUCCUGAGGGGCAAGACGAAGUUCCGCUGGCCACUGAUUUUCUACUUUGCUGGCCGGUAUCUUCUUCUUUUUGCGCUGAUCGGAAUUGCCGUAGCGCUGGAUACACCAAAAGAAAUCAAUUGUCAAGCACUGUAUGCCUUUAAUCAGCUAGCUGGUAAUGCGGCAGUCGGACUCGCGAGCAUUAACCUUUCUCUCCGCACGGUAGCUAUUUGGUCUCAGAACAUCUGGAUCGUUAUCCUCUUGGUGUUGAUCAUCCUCGGGCAUUGGUCCCUCAUCCUGCAAGGUGUCCUCUUGACUGCCGUCUGGCGUCCCGGCGUCGGUUGUGCAAUCACUUACAGCGAUACUACUAUCCUUGCAUCCACUUUCAUUUAUUCAAUGUGUUUCGACUUUGUGGUCAUGUGCCUUUCGGCAUAUAAGCUCGCCUGGACACCUACGCGGAGCGGCACGAAUGAGGCACCCACCAGACUCGUCAGGAUGUUAUUCUCCGACGGCUUAAUAUACUUUUUCAUCGCGUUUGUGUCCAAUGUGAUCGCGACCACGAUGAUGGUACUCGACUUGAACGCCAUCAUGAGUGUCAUUUUCAACGUUCCAGCUGCUAUCGCUUCAACAAUCGUGGCAUCUCGUGUUGUCAGGCGACUGGCCAACUUCCGGCCUACAGGACUUGAGAUGAUCAGCUUGCCUCGGGAAACUUCAGGUACUGCAUUCAAGAACACCAAUGCAGGGCUUUCCAAUGCACUUAACGUACCAAGUACUAGUGGUAUUCAUGUUGAGAUGGACACAUUUGCACAUCCGGCGAAUAUUGACCUUGAGGGGUAUCCUGGCGUACGUCGCAUUACGUCUUCAGCAGCCAGUUACAGUGAGGACCGUAAGCCGGUACAGGUGAUUUGACGCAAGACUGCAUCACCUGGACGUAUUCGGUAGACCAGGCAGUCUCAUAAGGUGCUUUUGAAUUUUGUUUUAUCUGGACUAUUCUUGGGACAGUUCAAUUCAAGUCGUUCAUUAUUUACCACAUAGUAAUAGCGAGAUACUAGUUACACAAUGACGAACUCUUUCAUCUUUUAAAUUCUUCCCGAAUUGAAGCUUCCCCCGUAAUAGCUCACAUCCAGCUUCUCGUAGGGUAGCGC